AUGCGAUCUUCCACCGACCUUCUCCUCACACACCCUGCUUCAUGGCGAUCUAAACACGAUUUAGCCCCUUCGGCUGUGCUAAGCUGUGGAGAACAAUCCCCCACCCCCGAAACCCUUGCGUCCGCCCAUCACAACGCCCUCGACCAACCCACGAUCCAACCCCGCACACCCCCAAUGGCCCUCCAACCUAAACAAACCCCGAUUGUGCUGGUGAUCGACUUCCACCAUGCGCGGGGCCCGGAGAUUGAGCACUGUAUCGGCGACGAGGGAACGAGUCCGGCUACCGAGAAUGACUGGUCACUAUUACCGUUCAUGGCAUUGUCGGAUGGCGCACACCUGUCGACCGAGGAGUUCUCCUAUUUUACAUUGCGCCGGAAGGAAACUUCGACACUGCCCGCUACCUCGCUUUUCGGCAUUGCUUGCUGCCGCCAGCUCGACUCGAGUCUGUUGAUUAACCGCCCGCCGGAAGUGACUCGGUCGACUGUACAAAAGGCCGUGGUUGUGGUUACGGAUAGUCCGCAGAGGGUGGGUCAAUUGCGCGAGAAGUUAUCUGUGGUUACUUCGGCGUGGUUUGCUCAGCGGGAUUUCUCCGAUAUUGAUAUUUUGAGGAAAUUCCGCGAAGGCCUGGUGAUAAGCUUAUCAAAUGAUGAAUCAAAAGAUCAGAAUCUGGGCCUUUCCCUCCGAGAAAUGAUUCACGAAUUCAAGUACCAGACGCUAGUUCUAUUCAAAGGAUUAUUGCUACAGCCCAAGAUGCUCUUUUUCGGGACACGUUGCGAGCGUUUAUGCAUGAUUCAGUUCUCUCUGAUUUCUCUAAUACCCGGCCUCAUUAAUGCUCUUCAAGACUGCGCGGAUCCUUCAUUUGACAGCUACGCGGAGACAGUUGAGAAACCGACCUCGCUUAAAACGAGUGAUCGAAGCUCCUUGUUGGCCUAUAUGGGUCUGCCAUUACAAAUCUUCGGCAAGGGAAGCAUGUUCGGGCCAUAUACCCCUCUGCAGCAGCUGGAUCUGCUGGCCGAUGACGGGACCAAGUCAUACGUGGUGGGAUCAACGAACUCCCUGCUAUUGCAACAAAAGGACCGCUACAGCGACAUUUUAAUCAACCUUGACGAAGAUAGCAUCAGCAUCUCAUCCCUGCCCCUCCGUAAUGCACUCACACUCUCCGUGGCUGAUAGGCGCUGGAUCGAUCUUCUCACUCAGAUCGUCAACGACACGUGGGACGAAGCUCACCCAUCACGACCCAAGACCCUUGGUUUCAUGGGCUCGGAAGAGUUUAUUCGGUUACAGUUCGAAGAGUACCUCCUCGCGCUCCUCUCCUGCAUGAAAUACCACGAAGAACUCAACUCAUUAUCCGCCGGUGACUCCCUGCACCGAAGCAGAGCGCAAUUGCAAAAUUUCAAUAUCGAGGGCGACCCCGCUCUAGACUUCAACGCAGAGUUCCUCAUGCAGUGGCAGAAGACUCCCAACUACGCCCUCUUCUCGAGGCUAACCUCGGACGCGCUCCUCUUCUCCAUCACCGAGCCAAAACACCCAAGUGCUGGCGGUCUGACGAUGGAAGACGUCCAGCGCCGUCUAUCCCAACAAGUCGCCGAUCUUCAUCUGGACGAGCGCGUCCGAGAAGGCCGCGAAGCGCUGAACCGGCACUUGUCAACGGGUCAAAAGAAAGUAAGCGCCGCCUUCAACACCUUCUGGUCCGAUAUCGAGGCCAUGCGCGAAGCCCAGAGAAAACGCAACGAAGAGAAAGCCUCGUCAUCACAGCGCAGCUCAAUCGACAAAGAACCCCCCACCUCUCCACAAUCAGCAUCAACAGACUCUGCCUCCGAAACCGCCGGAUCAUGGUUCGGCGCACGCCAAAGACCAUCCAUCGAUGUAUCUCAAGCACAAACCUCGGUGACUGCAGCCAGCCAAAAGGCCGGAGCAUAUUUCAGCUCAUGGGGCUCAUGGGCAAGCGACAAGCGUCGCGAAUGGCAAGAAAAGCGCAGUUCCUCACCAAAUUCCAACUCCAACCCCGGCGUGAUCGCAUCACCAUCCACCCCGGUCCUACCCACAGUCAACGAGACAGUCUUCGACUCGGACCGUGGUCGCCGUCGCUCGAUGCAGCGACAAAGCGAAGACGCGGAAGGGUUAUCGCGCAGUUUGAGCCGUCGCAAGAGAUGGAGCAAUAUCAUUCUCCGCCGUGAAAGUGGCGAGUUCAAGCGUGAUGACUCUGAUGCCGCCGACGUGCCGUAUCCAAAGUCCCCCUUGUCCCAGGGUUCCCCGGCGUAUGCAGCCGAAAGCGAGACGAAGAAGACGGCCGAGCUGAACGUGCAGCAGGAGAAGACUCUUCCCGAGUCCCGUGCAGAUGACGAUGGAUUCACAUCCGUGUCCCUAGCACCCCAGGAAGGGCUGUGCGUGGAUAUGAAUCCCGAGAAGAGACAGUCUGCUACUGUUUCUGCAGAUGAUACGGUAACUGUGCUUCCUGUUAAACAGGAGGGGCACACUUCCGAACUGAACCAGGACUCGGUCAAGGAGUCUGUCAGUACCCAGUGA